AGAAAUCUUCGUGAACGUGUGCAAAAUGAACUCAAUAAAAUUUUUAGUCGGCUUCGCAUUAGUGGCAAUCGCUUCUGCAGCUCCUCAAAACGAGUGUAAUGGUGCAUGUCCAAGGGAUUUUGAUCCAAUUUGUGCUAAGGAUAAUACAGGCAAUGUAAAAAUGUUUGGUAAUGAAUGUAUGUUUGAAUUUGAGGCAUGUGAAAAUCGUGCUGAAAAUUGGAGACAAACUGAAUUACAAGAGUGCAAUUCAUGGUUAAACGGGCCAUAUCACCAACAACAAGGCGAACAAUCUGAACAACAACAAGACGACCAAUCUCAACAACAAGAAGACGGCCAAUCUCAACAACAACAAGACGGCCAAUCUCAACAACAGCAAGACGAACAAUCUCAACAACAAACUGGUCAAGAAUGCAGGGUUGCUUGUCCGUUAAUUUGGGCACCGAUUUGCGGUCAAGAUAACACUGGCAAUUUACAAGUUUUUGGAAAUGGAUGUGAACUCGACUUCACAGCUUGCGAAAAUCGUGCCGCCAAUUGGCGAGCAGUUUCAAUGAACUUGUGUUCGAGCCUCCGUGAUUAAAUACGACAACCUAAGGUAAUGUUAGGACAUUGUGCGAUUAGUGGAAUUUAUAGAUAGAAAUAACAUAAAUAAAAUAUUUGCAAUUUAAAA